AUGGCUGAAAAUGGAGUUCAUCAACUCGGUCAGGCCGAACUCAUGACCCAGAUGGCUGAACUGCAAGCGGAAGUCAAGAGACUAGCAAAGCUGUCAUCCCAGAACAGCAAGCGAGAGGAGGGCAACUCUAAAAGCUCAAUCCAAGGCGGCACAUUCGAAGAAUUAGCAAGGUCUUUUAUCGAUUACUUUGCAGCAGUACGAAUCUACGUGCACGGAUUGGAUCAUCUCAGCACCAUCCGUCAGGGUCCACAAGAGAGCCUGAAGGAUUACAUGACCAGAUUCACAGAUGCCACCAUGGAAAUACCCGAUCUCAACCCGGCCGUCCACCUACAUGCCCUCAAAGCCGGCCUCCAACCUGGAAAAUUCAGAAAAAUAAUCGCAGUUACAAAACCAAAGACACUGGAAGAGUUUCGAGAGAGAGCAGCAGGACAAAUGGAGAUUGAAGAACUUCGCGAGGCCGACAAAACCGAAAGGAGACCACGGAGGGAAGACGACAGAACAUCCAGAUCGGGGAACACUAAAAACCUAGGUAAGCCAUUCAAACUCACCCCAAAAUUCGACAACUACACCAGGUUCAAUACGAAAAGAGAAAAGAUAAUCAAAGAGAUACUCAACGCCAAGAUUAUUAACCCACCAACAAGGGCCAGGAGCUAUCAAGAUCAGCGAUUCGUCGACAAAAACAAACACUGUGCUUUCUACCAAAAGUAUGGUCACACCACCGACGAGUGCAUAAUAGCCAAAGACCUCCUAGAAAGGUUAGCUCGGCAGGGCCUGUUAGAUAAAUACAUCGAAGGACGGAAGUACAAAGAGAGCGACAGAAACAAAGAGGAACACCAGCAAGCCUUGGCAGGCAAAGAUACCAACAAAUGGCUAAACAACAACCCACCUAAAGGGGUUAUAAACUGCAUAUCCAGGGGAUUCGCAGGAGGCGGCGAAACGACCUCAGCACGGAAGCGAAGUUACCGUGCAAUGCUAGCAAUCGAAGGAACAACACCGCCAAACAACAAAGAAGUGCAGGACCUAGAAAUCACUUUCAACCAAGCUGAUAUAUGCUCGGCCGCCCCUCACACAGACGACCCGGUAGUAAUCUCCAUUCAAACAGGCGACCUUCUGGUAAGAAAAGUCCUUUUGGACCCAGGUAGUAGUGCAGAUGUCCUAUUUUACUCUGCUUUUUCAAAAAUGAAUCUAUCCGAAAAACUAAUGCAACCUUCAUCCGGAGAAUUAGUAGGAUUCUCUGGAGAAAGAGUUCCGAUCAAGGGCUAUAUAUGGCUAAGGACUACAAUGGGAAAUGACCUGUUGUCAAGAACCUUGGACAUACAAUACCUAAUAGUUGACUACCCUAGUCCUUAUAACAUUAUUCUCGGAAGACCUGCUCUGAACGUGUUCAGAGCAGUCAUAUCUACUUACCAUCUAUGUGUUAAAUUCCAGGCACAGGGCGGCAAGAUAGUAACAAUACAUUAUGAUCGUCAACAAGCUCGGGAGUGCUAUAAUGCGAGCCUAAAAAGAUCGGACACAAGCCUGAAACAACGCGAAGUCCAAUCAAUACAUGGCACGGAAGUCUUGUCCUUGACCGAACUUAAUCCUCGAGGGGACACCCAGGAAAGACCUCAACCAGAUCCUCAUGCAUCCAGAAGAUCAAAGCAAGACUGCAUUUAUAACUGA